UUGCGCCAUCGCAUUUCUAGGGUUCCCCCGCUAGCCAGGAGGAUUGCUCGCAGAUAGAAGCGAUCGAUUUCUUUCUGUUGCCGCAGCUACCAGCGCACGCAUCUAGGAAGGGGAAGCGCAAGCGCGCGCGACCGAUCGAUCGCUCGCGCUUUCGAUCGCAUAUUUCGCGAUAUUUCGUGCUCUGCAUGCGCCGAUCGCGUGUGCGCUACAGGUACCGAGCAUGCCGGAUCUAUCCUUGUUUUUGUUUUGAAAUAUCUGGCGCCCGGAGCACAGCAUCGGCGCUGCUCGGCGCAUCCGUGGAUUCUCUGCGGUUGAGAAGCUCUGGAAUACCGUUAAGGCGAUAGUUCCUAGAGGCGCUCGGGCGGGCGAGAAUGGGGCAGCCUGCUCCGGAAGAUAAUGUCAUUACAUUGCUCGGGAUUACUCUCACUGGCAGGCCCCGAUGGAUCCAGCUCUUGAUUUGCUCGGCGGGAUUCUUCUUUGGAUACACCGUGAACGGCCUUUGUGAGGAGUACGUUUACAAUCGCCUCCAAUUCAGCUAUGGCUGGUACUUCACCUUCGUCCAGGGAUUUGUCUACCUCGCGCUGAUUUUCUGGCAAGGAUUUCGAGUGAAGCAUGUCUUGAACCCCUGGAAAACGUACAUCAAGCUCUCUGCGGUUCUGAUGGGUUCUCACGGGCUUACAAAAGGAUCGCUCAUGUUUCUCAACUAUCCAGCGCAGAUAAUGUUCAAGUCCACCAAGGUUCUACCGGUGAUGAUAAUGGGCGCUUUUAUUCCUGGCUUACGACGAAAAUAUUCGUUCCAGGAGUAUGUGUCGGCAGUGAUGCUCGUUGUUGGACUCGUGAUAUUCACGCUGGCGGACGCUCACACUUCCCCCAACUUUCACAUAUUUGGAGUGAUCAUGGUAGUGGGAGCCCUCGUGUUGGACUCAUUCCUGGGCAACUUGCAAGAAGCGAUUUUUACCAUGAACCCAGCAACGUCACAGAUGGAGAUGUUAUUCUGCUCGACAGCAGUGGGCCUUCCAUUCUUGAUCCCGCCGAUGGUUUUGACUGGCGAGGUCUUCAGAGCUUGGACCUCAUGCUACAAUCAUCCAUAUGUCUACCUGGUCCUCGUGUUUGAAGCGAUGGCAACGUUUAUAGGCCAACUCUCCGUCCUCUCCCUCAUUGCCCUCUUUGGAGCUGCCACCACCGCCAUGGUGACCACAGCGAGAAAGGCAGUGACUCUCUUGCUAUCAUACGUGAUCUUCACGAAGCCAAUGACCGAGCAGCACGUAACGGGGCUGCUGCUAAUCGCCAUGGGCAUCAUCUUAAAGAUGCUCCCGGAAUCGUCCUCUAGCGCGCCCCCGCCAAAGCCGUCACCUCAGCGUCCCUACACAAAAGUUUCCCAGCACGAAGUAGAAGACGGCCGAGAAUUUGACGAGAGACGAGUGUCGGAAAACGUGUGACGAAGAGACACGCGCAAGAGAACUAACAAAGAGACAACGAGGACGACCGGGUCACGCAGGAAGCUCGUGCACAAAUUGGAGAGGUUGGCCGGGUGAAUAAUGCUGGUGGCUGGCGUGAGGGAAAUUCUUUGAUUUUUGAAGGCUUGUAGUGUCAAGAAUAUACCCAGAAUAACCAAGUAUAUUCUAAAAUGCAGUAUACUUAUUGUGAUCAAGCAAAUUAUUAAGCCUAAAUUUUUCU